UUUUUGAGUUGGUGAAGUCUUUUCUCGAAUUCCAUUGCCACCUCCACCGAGAAAUUUGAACUCACCGGAGUUUCUGUACCUCUGGUUUUUGCUGGAGAUGAUGAAGAUCUCAGUUUCAGCCUUGCUCUAGUUUCAGGUGCCUAGUUUGAAGCUCCUAAAAUGGAACAGUAUGAAAUACUGGAGCAGAUUGGGAAAGGAUCUUUUGGCUCCGCAGUUCUUGUGAGGCAUAAGCAUGAAAAGAAGAAAUAUGUGUUGAAAAAGAUCCGUCUUGCUCGCCAAACUGAUAGGGCUCGCAGAUCUGCCCAUCAGGAGAUGGAGCUGAUUUCUAAAGCUCAAAAUCCAUUUAUUGUGGAAUACAAGGACUCUUGGGUGGAGAAGGGUUGCUAUGUGUGCAUAAUUUUAGGUUAUUGUGAAGGUGGAGAUAUGGCAGAAGCCAUAAAAAAGGCCAAUGGUGUUCAUUUUCCUGAAGAGAAACUUUGUAAGUGGCUGGUGCAACUUCUAAUUGCUCUCGAUUACUUGCAUGCCAACCAUAUUCUUCACCGUGAUGUCAAGUGUUCAAAUAUAUUUUUGACCAAAGAUCAAGACAUCCGCUUAGGUGAUUUUGGUCUCGCUAAGAUUCUGACUUCUGAUGAUCUUGCUUCAUCGGUUGUGGGGACACCUACUUAUAUGUGCCCUGAGCUACUUGCUGAUAUACCUUAUGGUUCCAAGUCAGACAUUUGGUCUUUAGGAUGCUGCAUGUACGAGAUGGCUGCUCACAAGCCUGCAUUUAAAGCUUUUGAUAUUCGGGCUUUGAUUAACAAAAUAAACAAGUCUAUAGUGGCUCCUCUACCAACCAUGUAUUCUGGUGCAUUUCGUGGGCUCAUAAAAAGCAUGCUGCGGAAGAAUCCAGAACUUAGACCUAGUGCUGCUGAGUUGCUUGAUCACCCCCACCUCCAGUCUUAUGUCCUCAAAGUGUAUUUAAAAUUGAAUAGCCCUAGACGGAGCAGUUUCCCAGUUCGGUGGUCUGAUUCCAACUUCAUAAAGAAAACUAGAUUUGUAGAGCCUGAAGAUAUUCCAAUCCAUACUUACGGAGAGAGAAGACGGUCAAUCAGCAAUGACAGGACCUUGAAUCCUAGUGUGUCUGAAACUGAACAGGGCUCAAGUUGUUCUACACAGAGGGAACAGGAUAUUCCAAGUUUUUUGAAUCUGAAGUUCACAGAAGUUUCAAUUGGUGUUGACCGUGAAGAGAUUGGAAUUGAGAAGUCAAUAGCCAUGAAGUUCUCCACCGUUGCUAAGACUCCAAGGCUGACACCGGCAAAAGUAUCUGCUACUCCUGGAAGACAUACAAUACCAUCAAAGAUAUGCCAUGGUGGACAAAAGCGUGACUCACUUCCAGUAUCACAUACCCCAGAAAGUAGGUCCUCUCAGGCAUUGCGAAGAGCCUCCCUUCCAUUCCCUACAAGAACAGCAGUCCCAGUGACCCCCUGUAGAGCUAAUGUGGGUCUGCUCCCCAGCAUUGAGUCUCCAGAUGUUUCUGUCAAUUCCCCACGGAUUGACAAGAUUGCAGAAUUCCCUUUAGCUUCAUAUCAAGAUCCCCUCUUGCCAACCCGUGCCACCUCCUCAACAUCUGCAAAAUGCUCAUCUUCAUCAAUGGACAGUGCUGACCGUGCUCUCACAAAGGACAAGUGCACAAUCCAGGUUGUGGACAAAGUUGUUACCAGGUUAAACUGCUCUGAUGGAAGCCACAGAGAUUCCUUAAGCGAGAGUGACUGCUCAGAACAUAACCGCACUAACAGCCAUUCAUCUUAUGAGUCACGAGAGCGGCGGUUUGACACCUCGUCUUACCAGCAACGUGCGGAGGCAUUGGAAGGGUUGCUUGAGUUCAGUGCAAGGCUUCUACAGCAAGAAAGGUAUGAAGAGCUUGGGGUGUUGUUGAAGCCAUUUGGAACCGAGAAAGUUUCUCCUAGGGAAACGGCUAUUUGGCUUGCCAAGAGCUUCAAAGAAACUCACGUGUAAAACCACAAUACCACUUUGUACAUAAUUUCCACUUGUAUCAGAAUAUGAAGGAAAACUAGGUCAGUCUUCCUACUCAGAAGGCUGCAUGAUGGGAUGGCAAUGUGGUUUUGGUUCUUUGCCCCAUAAGUGUUGCAGUGUGUUUGAACAAUGUGAUUAUUUUUCCCAGUGAUUGAAUCCAAAUUUU